UGCUUUGGUGGGGUUGGACAGGGAGUAGGCAGAGAUGUAUAAAAUGUGCACCAAAUCUGUGUGAGACUGCAAAACCAACAGCUCAAGAUGCGGGCACUGGGAACGUUCCUGACACUACUGCUGCUACAACAUGAUUCAAGUGGAGCGACUGACCCCACAUACCUGGUGGCAGUCACUUCUCAGGCAGUGAGCGGCACUACAGAGACUCUGUGUGCACAUUUCCAUGAGCCCAGUACAACCCUUUCUUUACUGGUAACCUUGAGCUCAGAUAAUGGAAAUGUGACCAUUCUUAAAGAGAACUCCAUUAGAAGGGAUUACUACAAGUGUGUGCCUUUCCAGGUCCCCGUAGUGCUUGUAGACACUGUGGCAACUGUCUAUGUUGAAAUUGAUGGUGCUAACACAUCACAAAACAAAACAACUCAGAUUCUCAUAAAGCCUCCAAUGAAGCUCAUUUUUAUCCAAACAGACAAGCCAAUCUACAAGCCAGGAGAAACUGUAAAAUUUCGCAUCGUCUCUUUGGAUUCCAGUUUCUUGACUCACAAUCAGAAGUUUCAAACAGUAGAACUCCGGGAUCCUAAGUCAAACCGCAUUGGUCAGUGGUUGAAUCAGACCACCAGGGAUGGUAUUUUAGAUCUGUUCCACCGCAUGACACCGCAGGCUACUGAGGGCAACUACGUCAUCACUGCUUGGGAUGAGAAAAACCAACCGACAACACACUACUUUGAAAUCAAAGGAUAUGUUCUGCCUAAAUUUGAAGUCAACACAAAUCUUCCACCCGUUGUAACUCCCAUGAACAAAGAAUUCAUACUGAACAUUUGUGCUCAAUACACCUACGGGAAGGGCGUGCAGGGGUCUGUGACUGUUGAAGUGUGUGGAAUAAACUAUAAUUAUUACUGGUAUCGCCAAAGUACACCUAAAACAUGCAGAAACUACUUCAUUAAGACCGACAAGACCGGCUGUGCCUCUCAAGUAAUAAAUGUGACUGAAUAUAGCAUGAGUCCAGGAGGACAUUUUCAAGUGAAUUACAAAGUAGAAGAGGAUGGAACAGGGAUAAUUGUGGAGGGUUCAGCCGGAGUUUCAUAUAGCAGUGAUGUUAUCACAGUUUCCUUUGUUGACGGAGCAGAUAUAUACAAACCUGGGAUUGCCUACGAGGGAAAGGUCAUGGUCACUGAUGUAUACAACAAACCACUGAAAGGCCAAACAGUGUAUCUCAUUGUAAACUACGAUUUCAAAAGUGUGAAUGUGAAGCUUACGACAGACAACAACGGCACAGCUCACUUCUCUUUAGACACGGCGGUUUGGUCAAGUCAACCUGUUUAUUUACAGGCUCGCCACGUAGAUGAUAAAUGUCAGAAUGGUUUCUGGCCAGCAUCAAGAUAUUAUAAUGGAGGCAGUCUCUCGUUAAGGCCAUUCUACUCCAAAAGCAAAAGUUUUCUAAAGUUAAUUUCGACUCCAAACCCGUUGAGUUGUGCGACUGAUGCAAAUGUGGAGGCCAGUUACAUCAUUCAGGGCAGUGCACUGAAACAAGAUCAUAAAACACUGAAUAUCUUCUACAUGGUCUUUUCGAAAGGCAGUAUGGCUCAAAAUGGCCGUGUCUCUGUCAACGUGCAGUUCGGAACAGAAAACAAAGGCAAAUUGACAUUCACAUUAAAAAAGACCACAGCCCUGUCUCCAGUCGCCCAGGUGGUGGUGUACACAGUUCUUCCCAAUGGAGAAACAGUAGCAGACAGUUGGAACUUCCCCAUUGAACAAUGCUUGCCAAACAAGGUGUCCUUAAAUUUCUCAUCUUCCACGGCUCUGCCUAAAGACACAGCGACUCUAAACCUGAAAGCCCAGCCUGGUUCCCUUUGUUCCAUCAGGUCCAUUGAUCAGAGCGUACUGCUUUUAAAACCAGAGGCUGAACUCAAUGCUGCCUUUGUCUUUGGAAUGCUACCAGUCCAAAUGUUGGUGGAUUACCCAUAUCAAGUCUGGGAAUAUAAUGACGAUCCCUGUAUACCCGGAGACAUGGAAUCAAUUGACCCCCCAAUACUGGCGAGGGAGAGACGCUCGCGCUUUUAUUACCCUUAUUACAAUAGAAACGAUGCACACAGUGCCUUUAAAGCAAUUGGAGUCAAAAUUGCAACCAACUCUGAUGUGAAAGAACCUGUUUACUGUAAUGAAUAUAGGUUUAUGAGGCCAGCUAUGGUUGCAGCAGGUGGAGGUGCAGGUGAUAUUCAAAUAUCUACAGCUGUUGGUCCACCUGUGGAAAUAACUGUUCAAAAUACAAUCCGCAAGUUCUUUCCGGAAACUUGGAUAUGGGAUCUUGUGCCUGUGGGGAGGUCUGGAUCCGUGACUCUUACAAAGACUGUUCCUGACACCAUCACUAAAUGGGCCACAGAUGCUUUCUGCACAUCAUCUCUUGGUUUUGGCGUGGCACCCAGCACUGCUCUCACUGCCUUUCAGCCGUUCUUCAUCAGCCUCACACUUCCCUACUCUGUUAUCCGUGGAGAAGAGCUCACAAUCAAAGCCACUGUAUUCAACUACCUCUCCAAAUGUAUUAUGGUGAAGGUCACACUGGAAAAUUCAAAUCAGUUCUCAGCUCUGCCUUGUAAUGGCUGCAAUUACACUCAGUGUAUUUGUGCAGAAGAGAGCAAAACCUUUGUGUGGACGGUUACAGCCGCUGUUCUGGGAGAGGUGAACGUUACGGUGAGAGCUGAGACUGUGAGGACUCGGGAACGUUGUGGGAUUGAGAUGGUGACUGUGCCAAAAGGAAGCCGUAUUGACACUGUGGUGCAGUCGUUUCUGGUCGAGGCGGAGGGAGUUAAACAGACAAUCACUCAGAAUGAACUCAUCUGUUUAACAGGCAACUGAGUGAACACAACUGUCUCUCUUAAACUCCCUGAAGUUGUUGUCAAGGAUUCUGAGAAAAGCUUUGUCACUGUACUGGGUGAUCUGAUCAGUCACGCUUUAAAAAACAUCGCUGAUCUGUUGCGGAUGCCUUAUGGCUGUGGAGAGCAGAACAUGCUGAACUUUGCACCCAAUAUUUACAUCCUUCAGUACUUGGAGAGCAGUGGACAGCUCACUCCUGAGAUUUUGGCACGAGCUAAAACCUUUCUGGAGACUGGCUACCAAACACAGCUGAAAUACAAACAUUAUGAUGGAUCUUACAGCGCUUUUGGGAACAGUGAUCCUUCUGGGCACACCUGGUUAACUGCAUAUGUGAUGAAGAUUUUCGGAGGGGCAAAGAAGUAUGUGUUUGUAGAUGAAACCAACAUCGAUCAGGCAAAGAAUUGGUUAGCUCAGCACCAGCAGGGGAAUUGGUGCUUUAAAACAGUGGGCGUCCUCUACCACAAUGAUAUGAAGGGUGGUGUCAGUGAUGAUGUCACUCUCACCGCAUACAUCGUAGCAGCUCUGCUGGAACUGGAUGUGAAUACAACUGAUCCCAUGGUGAAGCAAGGCCUUGUUUGUCUGAAGGAAGCUUCCAGUAACCUUAACAACACUUACUUCACUGCCCUGGCCUUCUAUACAUUCACUCUUGCUGGAGACCAAGAGAUGAGACAGAAACUCAUCUCCAACUUGGACAAUCGAGUCAAGAGAGAAGGGGUUGGGCGAUAUUGGACUCAGGCAAAUAAUGGGCAAAUGACAGGCUCUUUAGAGGUAGAGAUGAGUUCAUACGUGUUGUUGGGGCUUCUUUCUGGACCAACACUGCCAUCAUUUAAGCUGGACUAUUUUGCUACCAUAGUGCGCUGGCUGGCCAAGAGGCAAAAUGCCUAUGGAGGUUUCUCCUCUACUCAGGACACUGUGGUGGCCCUCCAGGCACUCGCUAAAUACAGUGCUGCCACCUACAGUCCAACAGGAACCGUUGUUGUCAAUGUGACCUCCCCUUCAAACCAGAAUUACAACUUUAUUGUCAACCAAAGAAACCGACUGCUUUACCAGGCGAGACAGCUGCAGCCACCUACAGGAAACUUCACACUCGCUGCACGAGGCCAGGGCUGUGUGUUUGUGCAGUUUGCCUUGCACUACAAUGUCCUGCCCUCUGCAAACUCCAUGGCCUUCAGCAUCAUAACAAAUGCUACUUCAACUUGCAGGAGACAGUACUAUACUGUUACAUUAGCUCUUAACAUCAGGUAUAAUGGUCCACGAGAGGAGACAAACAUGGUCAUCAUUAAUGUGAAGCUGCUGUCUGGAUUUGUGCUGGAUUACUUGUCUCUACAAGCUCUUCAGCAAGAUUCCAGAAUCAAACUUGUGGAGCAGAAUGAAGGACAUGUCAUGUUGUAUUUAGACGGGAUGAAAAAGGAGGAGGAGAAAUCCUUUACCUUGACGCUUUGGCAGAAUGUGGUAGUGAAGAACCUGAAACCAGCUGUGGUUACGGUCUACGAUUACUACAAGACCAGUGAAGGUGCUGUGAAGCAGUACACCUCCCCAUGUGUCAAGUAAUGUGUCAAUGAAAGUGCCGUCGCUGGAGCAUCGAGAGUUGUUAUUCAGCGGUGUGACUGUUCAUUUCAUCAGACAUGCAAGAUCAAAGAUGGAAUUAAUACAGAUGCUUGAUUUGUUCUUAUAUCUUCUGACUUUCUCACACUAAAAUCAGAAAUAUCAGAAUAUAACUGAUGACACGCGCUACAGUGUAGAUGAUCUGUAAAUGAUAAUCAAAAGCCAGAUUUGUGACCUCAAAUGAUUUCAAUGAUAAAGAUACUUAAGAUGCUAUUAAAUAAAGAGUUUCCGCAU